CCAAAUUGCUGCUCUAAUUCACAAACAGCAUUUCAAGGAGCAGCAACAGCUACCGCAAUGUAGUAGGCAAUGCAGCGAGUGAGUGCAUUACCCCUUCGCUAUGCUGUGAUGAGCAAACGCAAAGGAAGGUGGACAAAAACAACGGACGCCUUCGACACAUUCAGACUCCCCCACAAACAACAAACACAACGACAUCACCUCGUGUCGUGGGAAAAUCUGCACACUCAUUACACACAUUUGCUCAGUGUCAGUCAAUGGAAUUUUUCAAUCGCGAUCGGUCAUCGGUCAAAGUUCGCGUUGGUUCAUGUUGCGGGAAAAAUAGUAAUAAACGUGUAAGAAAUUUAUAGUAAAAGUACUUUUUAAAUUAUUUUGUUUAAUCUAAAAGCUUGAGUCAGAGUUGUCAAAUUAAAUGAAAAAUGAAAAAAAAGUAAAAAGUUGUAAGUGUAGUUUGUAAAAGAAGUGUAAAGUGAAAUAAAAGAGUGUGCAAAGGUAAUUUUGUUUUCUAUGAUAUGUUCAUGUUUGUGUUUUUAAUGGUGUUAAUAGCGAAGAAGUGAGUAGAAAUCGCAUAUAGUAUAUCAUUCAUAAAUAGUGCGGUAAUGAAUUAGUGUAUUAAUUUCUUUUAAAAUAUAUUUCGGCAAAUAUGAAGUCAAGCGUUCGUUUUUUCGAUGUUCGUCUAUCGUCGUUUUCCAAUUAACCAACAACGCCGUUCGUAUAAAAAAACAAAUAAUAUGAAACCAGAAGAGUAAUAAAUUGUUUGCUGUAAGACUUAAAGUACAAACAUUACAAGUCCGAUGCAUUUAUAUUUCUCACAUCGGGUAUGAACUUGGCGCUUAGCCUGGGUUAUUAUUAUAACAUCGUUACGUUACACUUUCUAUUCUCAUGGCUCGUUGGCGUAAUCAUUGGUGCGCUCUUGUCCGCAUACCUGGUGCAAUUCCUUAUCAAGCGUUACUUUGUUUUGAUCAGCAGUUUCCUGGUCGUAGUGGCUGGCAUAUUGUACACCGCCUUUCCAUAUGAUAAUAUAGCGCUACUGGCAGCGCGCUACAUAAACGGCAUCGGUACCGGACUAAUCACCGUGCCCUUCAUUGUGCACUGCAGUGAGAUAAGCUCCACGCGGAAACGCGGAUUCGGACUAGGACUCGAACAACUCUGCAUUUCUUUAGGCGUAUUUAUACAAGCCACCUACAUAGCGCUGUGGAAUGGGGGCAGCACUUUCUCUCCAACCCGUAUACAUGGCAUCUUUUGUCUGGGUUUCGGUUUGGGCGCACUCGGUUUGGCCUACCUCGUCAUCGAAUCGCCGAUAUUUUACAUACGUCGUGCUAAUGAUGCUCAGGCACUGAACUCGUUGACAUGCCUGCAAUUGCCCGCCGUUUUGUCGGAUGAGAAGAAGUUACUAUUGGUGGAGCAUAAGAAUUAUGUGCUGUUGAAUGAGUACUUCGGUACUGGCAAUAGUUUCGUGCGUGGCUUAGCACCUCUACUGAAUAUGAUCUUUUAUCGCGCCGCUCUGGCUUUCUCCUUUUCAUUACCAUACAAUAGUCAGCUGUAUUUCGCUACGGGUAUCGGUAUGAGCGGUCAGUGGACAUCGGCCGUUUAUACUGCGCUACGCUUUUUGGGUGUCUGCACUACCAUAUCCAUGUUGGACAUGAUCGGACGUAAACUUGUCGGUUUGCUGGGACUGUUGGUAAUGGGUGGUAUCGGUAUUGGUAUUGCCGUAAUAUUUGCUUACCUCUCUAAUUGGGUGCAAGAUGAUCAAAUGAGACUGGUUUGCGUGCUCUUAUUAAUAUUCCAGUUUUUCGCUGGUUUAUAUGCGCCAACGACGUCCGUUUAUCUCGGCGAAGCCUUUCCGUUGCUCGCCAAGCCGUAUUUCAUCGCAUUCUGCAUCUGCGUGGAAUGCACAGUGCACAUCAUCGUCAUCUGUACAUUUAAUUUCCAUCUGCAUCCAAUUUAUGUGUUCAAUACUUUUACGUAUGUCUUCAUGUUCUUCUGCGUUCUUCUGUUUCUUAUUACAAUACCCGAAACGAAGUUGACGACUCUAAAUGAGGCGCAGGAAAGAUUCCGCCUAUGGAUCAAUUUGAAAUCGUGGUAGAAUUUAUUAUCCUUAUACUGUUAGAAUUUCUUUUAUCUAUUAUUUUCUAUUAAUUUGUUCAAA